AUGUUCGUAUUUGUUUCUCAAGCAGGCAUUAUCCAAUUUCUUGACCUUGAGAGGAGGCUCAAGUUUGACCUCGAGACUCAACAAGGCCACACUGACGACAUUAUCAAGUACAUCAACAUCAAGCUCAAACCAGGGAGGCACCCGAAAGCGGACGAGUUAAAAGAGCGCUUCCAGAGUCGGGCCAAUGGAGUUUUCAUAUGGGUCGCAUUGGUUAUCGACAUGCUCAACAAGGACCUCGCGCGAGGCCGGAUCUAUUCCGUAUGGGGGACGCUGGACAAGAUACCAACCGAUCUACACGCUUUUUUCCAUGACAUGACGAAGAAUGCCGAGAACAAAGACGAACAUGAUGAUUUGUUGCUCAGUGUUCAGUGGAUGCUCCAUUCGCAACGGCCAUCAACACCGGAGAAGCUCUAUUUUGGACUGUUGUGCGGAGAGAAGCUAAGGGGUCACUUCACUUUUAAACCAGCAGAUUGGCAGGACUGUAGACCUACACUUGGGAACAUCCAUCGCUUCAUUACGGAUGCUUCCAAAGAUCUCAUUGAAAUUGCCGGAUUCUGCAAAGACGACCUUUCUCCUUACACCCUUCGUCGCAGAACUCCACUGUCAAAGGACUGCUCUCCGUUAUUUACUGUUCAGUUCAUCCACAACUCCGUCAGAAGCUUCCUACAUGCCCCCGAAGGUCAUAUCUCAGUUGUGGCCUGA